GCAGCCUCGUUGCUGGAAGUCCGGCGCUGAGUCCCAGAACUCUGUUCUGUGCGGCCUUUCUGACUGUGACCGGGUCUCCGAAGAGGGUGCCCGGCCCCGUGGCCUCCAGCUCCAUUCACUCUUUGAGCACGUGCCCCGCCCCCCCACCACCCACGCAACCAUGUCGUCCUGCAGCCGCGUGGCGCUGGUCACCGGGGCCAACAAGGGCAUCGGCUUCGCCAUCGCGCGGGACCUGUGCCGGCAGUUCUCGGGGGACGUGGUGCUCACGGCGCGGGACGCGGAGCGGGGCCGGGCGGCCGUGCAGCAGCUGCAGGCAGAGGGCCUGAGCCCGCGCUUCCACCAGCUGGACAUCGACGACCUGCAGAGCAUCCGCGCCCUGCGGGACUUCCUGCGCAAGGAGUACGGGGGGCUCAACGUGCUGGUCAACAACGCGGGCAUCGCCUUCAAGUUUGACGAUCCAACACCCUUUGACAUUCAAGCUGAGAUAACGCUGAAGACCAACUUUUUUGCUACGAGAAAUGUCUGCACCGAAUUACUGCCGAUAAUAAAACCUCACGGCAGAGUGGUGAACAUCAGCAGCCUGCAGGGGUCCCGGGCGCUGGAGAACUGCAGCGAAGACCUGCAGGAGAAGUUCCGCUGCGAGACACUCACGGAGGAGGACCUGGUGGACCUCAUGAAGAAGUUCGUGGAGGACGCCCGCAACGAGGUGCACGAGAGGGAGGGCUGGCCCAGCUCGGCGUACGGGGUGUCCAAGCUGGGGGUCACGGUCUUGUCGAGGAUCCUGGCCCGGCGCCUGGACGAGAAGAGAAAGGCCGACCGGAUCCUGCUGAAUGCCUGCUGCCCCGGAUGGGUGAAGACGGACAUGGCCGGGGAGUAUGGCUCCAGGACCGUGGAGGAGGGGGCCGAGACCCCCGUCUACUUGGCCCUGCUGCCCCCGGACGCCACCGGGCCUCACGGCCAGCUGGUCCGUGACAAAGUCGUCCAGGACUGGUGAAUGCCUUCUUCGGUGCUUAACGCUCAAUAAAUGGAACGAGUGAACGAACUCCA